CGUCUCCCUCUCCCUGCAGGAAAGAUGGUGUCGUGUGUGUUGUCAGCUUUACUCCUCAACCUCUUCUGCUGCUGCCUCGUCUCGUCUCUCUACUUCCACAUCGGAGAGACGGAGAAGAAAUGCUUCAUAGAGGAAAUCCCCGACGAGACGAUGAUAAUAGGAAAUUAUCGCACUCAGCUGUACGAUAAGCAGAAGGAAGAGUAUCUGCCGGCCACGCAGGGCCUCGGGAUGUUCGUGGAAGUCAAAGAUCCAGACGACAAGGUGAUUCUGUCUCGGCAGUACGGCUCAGAAGGACGUUUCACCUUCACGUCUCACACACCUGGAGAACAUCAGAUCUGUCUUCACUCCAACUCCUCCAAGUUCUCCCUGUUCGCUGGAGGGAUGCUGAGAGUUCAUCUGGACAUCCAGGUCGGAGAACACGCCAACAACUACGCAGAGAUUGCUGCCAAAGACAAACUGACGGAGCUCCAGCUGAGAGUCAGACAGCUGGUGGAGCAAGUGGACCAGAUCCAGAAGGAGCAGAACUACCAGCGGUACCGUGAGGAGCGUUUCCGUCAGACCAGUGAGAGCACCAACCAGAGGGUCUUGUGGUGGUCCAUCGUUCAGACUCUCAUCCUGGUCGCCAUCGGCAUCUGGCAGAUGAGACACCUCAAGAGCUUCUUCGAGGCCAAGAAACUGGUGUAAACCUUGUGUGUGUGUGUGUGUGUGAGAGCGUACCUGUGUGUGUGUGUGUGUGUUUGUGUGUGUGUGUGUGUGUGUGUGUGUGUGUGUGUUCUCUACUGAUUGAUGCAGUACUGUCGGAGGAGAAGCUGCAGACUGCUGAGGAAAAAACAGGAAGCAGAGAAAUCCAGCUGCAAGAUUCAACUUCUAAACAUCAUCUUCAGAUUAUUAUAAUUAAUAUUCAUAUUAUAAUUAUUAUAAUUAUUCAUGUUUCCUCACAGACCUUGUUCAUAUUAAAACCCAAACAUGUGUAGUCGACUAUCAGGAGGAAAAUAUAACGCUCUAUUUAUUCCACUCAGAGAGGUUUUACUAAAACAAGAAGAUGAUCUACUCGUGUCGUAUUUCCUUUUUUUUUUUUUUUUUUUUUUUUUUUUUUGCUGUAAUCAUUAAAAACGUGUUACUGGCCUUUCAGAGAUAUUCAAUCAUCAGUUUACAGCUUAAAAUAAAUAAAUGCAGUUUGGCCUCCUUUAAAAAAAAAACAUCUGGAUUGAUUUCAGCUGCAGUUGAAGUUUAAUAUGACACAGCACACAGAUCACAGCUGCAGGAACGUCUCUGAUUAUAAACUAAACUUAAAGAGUCGACGAUCAUUUUAAUGAAGAGAGAGACAGAGAGAGAGAG